UUCGGGGAAACUUCCCAGGCGCGGCCGUGGGGCGAGCGCCCGGUCCCGCCAGCCCCGCUCCUCCCUAGGGCGGGCAGCCCGCACCGCGGCGGAGGGCGGCUGCGGUCGCGGCCCCUGCUUCACCCCCCACCCUCCUCCCCCCCCAAACCGCGGGAGGCAGCGCUGGCGGGCGCGCCCGCUCCGCCCCGGGAGGCGGCGGCGGCGGCAGGAUGCGAGUGAACGGGAGCGAGCUGAACAGCUCCGUCCUCCCGCGGGACCCGCCGGCCGAGGGCUCCCCGCGCCGCCCGCCGUGGGUGACCUCCACCUUGGCCGCCAUCCUCAUCUUCACCAUCGUGGUGGACCUGCUGGGCAACCUCCUGGUCAUCCUCUCCGUCUACCGCAACAAGAAGCUGCGGAACGCGGGAAAUGUGUUUGUUGUAAGCCUGGCAGUUGCAGACUUGGUUGUAGCAAUCUACCCGUAUCCACUGGUCCUCAUAUCUGUAUUUCACAAUGGAUGGAAUCUGGGAUACCUUCAUUGCCAGAUUAGUGGCUUCCUGAUGGGCCUAAGUGUCAUUGGAUCAAUCUUCAAUAUCACAGGCAUCGCUAUCAAUCGGUACUGCUAUAUUUGCCACAGUCUCAAAUAUGACAAGCUGUACAGCGACAAGAAUUCAUUGUGCUAUGUUGUUCUUAUCUGGAUCCUAACAUUUGUUGCUAUUGUGCCCAACCUCUUUGUGGGAUCGCUACAAUAUGACCCCCGGAUUUACUCGUGUACAUUUGCACAAUCUGUGAGCUCAGCAUAUACAAUAGCAGUUGUGUUUUUCCAUUUCCUGCUGCCCAUGGCCAUAGUAACUUUCUGUUACUUGAGAAUAUGGAUCCUCGUUAUUCAGGUAAGGCGAAGGGUUAAACCAGAUAAUAACCCCAGGCUGAAACCACAUGACUUCAGAAACUUUGUAACCAUGUUUGUGGUAUUUGUACUGUUUGCAGUCUGCUGGGCUCCUUUGAACUUUAUAGGCCUUGCUGUGGCUGUCAACCCAGAAACUAUAAUCCCUCGGAUUCCAGAGUGGUUGUUUGUAUCUAGUUAUUACAUGGCAUAUUUCAACAGCUGCCUUAAUGCUAUCAUAUAUGGACUCCUGAACCAGAACUUCAGAAGAGAAUACAAGAGAAUUAUUGUCACAUUUUGUACAGCAAAAGUUUUUUACCAGGAUAGUUCUAAUGAUGCGGGAGACAGGAUAAAAAGUAAACCUUCUCCACUGAUUACAAACAACAAUCAAGUGAAGGUGGACUCUGUCUGAAAAUGGGAAUUUUAUUAUUGUCACUCAACAGCAUCCAAUAAAGUAUCUCUUUUAUUAGACCUACUGUUAAAUAUCAUAGUGAAAUAUCUCUUCUACACUGAAAGCACUUUGAUCAAAUUCCUUGGAUGGUAUUUGGGAACUCAAGUUUUGUACCCUUGACUUACAGAUCCUAUUAUACAAUAUCUCCUAUAAUAACACAAUGAUAUCCUUGAAUUACAAAAUUAUGUAUGGAUACUUUUUUUUUUUUUUUUUUUUUUUUUUUCCCUUAAAUGGAAAUAAACAACUGGAAAGAGAUUGAAACAGAAGUAUCCAUGCUACCUGGCUCAAUAAAAGAAUUCACAAAACUACUCCUACCACUUUCUGCCUGCUUCUUCUGACCAGGUUAUGGUCCUGAUUCUAAAACCUCUGAGAACAUGUUUUGAAAGAUUAAAUCAGAUCUUUAUAAAAUAUUUAGGGAAUGUGAAGUGACAAAUUAAGGUAAUUGGACAUUCGUUAGUAUUUUUGAUAAGUACCUGUACCUAUAUUGCUUUGUUCCUAACAUGGACGUGAUUAUUACUUUUUUGGAGAUCAAAUCUCACCAGCCCUCCUAGGAAUGGCAUUCUCAAUUGAAUUUCUAUUCUAAAAUAGGUUUUAGGAGGAGAAAUAUACCUGACAUAAUCUUCAAAACUACAACGGCAGGAGGAUAAACAGUAAGGAAAGAGCCAUGAUUCAUCAGCUCAAGCCAUUUGGACAUGAAAAAAGGUGUAAGAGGGUUGGGAAGAGAAAUAUAAACCACCAUUCUUUCUAAAGAGAUGGUAAUUCAUGGAAUUGGGGAGUGCCCCAGAGGAUUUUCUGGGGAAAUACCUCCAAGAAACAUAAUCAAGGAAGGACCAUUAUUUCUUACUUGUGUAUGAUACAGAAGUUCUAAACCUCUGUGGGAAGAAGAUUAAUGCAUUUAAGAGAAACAGUGGGUGAGGAUGACAGUUUUGUCUGGUUAGAGGAAUCUUAACUUCGUGAAACUCUGGGAAAUGAGAAAUAUUUACAGGUUGAGCAUUUAACAUCUUUCUCAACUUGAUCUCCUGAGAAAAGCCUGAGACUAUAGGUUAUUUUGUAAUCUGCCACAGAUGAGAUUUUCAGAAUAUUAAUUGGGUGUUUACUGCAAUGAUUUUCAUAGUGUAAUAACCUAGAACUAAUAGACACCUUUAAAUAAUAGAAAAGAGAAGAUGCUGCUUAUGACCCUGGUACAGGGAGGAACAUGUGACUCUCAGGACAGGACCUGCUACGUGGUCUUUCACAGAAAGCAGGCACCUCUUCAGUGAGGGGAAGCAUACUCUGAAGUGAGGAAGAAUAGCUAGACAGACCGCCUCCUGCAAGAAUGAAUCUCUGUUUAUAAUUAAGUCCUCUGGUGGAGAAAAGCAAUUCACAACAAUAGGAUUCACCUUCAAAUUGAACUUAAGAAGAAGGAGCAUUUAGUUCUGGAGAGAUGUUCCAGCUGUCAUACAUUUUAAUGCUCAAGUGUUCAUACCUACAUUGAUGUUCAAGUACACUUGAGCUUUUCCAAACCAAUUCCAACCAUUUCAACUGGACUAAAAGUUUAAGAAUAGCUAUCAGACUUCUGUUAAUCUAUAUAAAAAUGUAGACUUUACCUAAACAGUUCAUUUAAAUUAUUUGCUGUACUGAAGGUUUUCUUGAGCUUAUAUGUCUCAGAAACCAACAGUCACUCUAUGUCAUAUAAUUCCUUAAACUGCACACAAAUUUAACAGCACUUCAUCUUUCUUGGAUCAUAGUUUAGUGUACCCUUGACCUAAUAAUGAACUAAAAGGGAACAGAUUCGUAUUAACUUGAAAACUCCACUGACACUUUGUCAAUUGACCACUUUCUUACCUUAAAAAUAGGUGCCUCAUGUCAAAUUGACAGUAGAACUAAUGAACAACAUUGUAAAACCCUGGAGAUGAACUAGCCAGUCAAUGCAUUGCCAAGGGGCUUGACGCAUCUUUGUUUACAUUUACCAGUCAGAACGACUGUGUAAAUAACCAGUUCUCUUCGAUUGUGGUGUCAUCAUAUGAUGCAAUAUGAUACAACAUGAUUAACAGCAUAAAGUAUAUCACAGCUUUCUUCACUGUGAUUUCAUCCUUGAAGGAUGCUUAGCUCUGUAAUUUUAUUGCUUUGUGUGUAGUGAUUUUAGAAUAGCAAGGGAGGCAUGACCACCAUAUAAGAAAAUAAGUUUUUCAUGUAAGAAAAAACACUAUUUAAAUUCUUACAAAACUUGCCUUACUUAAAGCAUAUUUUCAAUGAAAAUAAUGUCUUAUGAUAUACCUAAUAAAGUAGUAUGAAGAUAAUUUAAGUAGCUUAAUCAUUAGUAAAUUUAGAAUUCUCCAAGGUCUUUCACUUUCCAUUUUCAACAGAAAAUGUACAUUUUUACCUUGUCUACAUAUUUAUGAGCCAGUUCAAGACACUGCACCUAAUAUUGUGAGUUAUCUGAGGAAUUAAAAGUCUCCUGUAAUUCACAAGUGCUAACAUAUAUUUUUGAUGAUAAUGAAAAUUGUUUGCUAUAUGCAAUAAAACAUAUUAUACCAAAGGUAUAUAUUUUAUUGAAUAGACCUGUAAUAAAAAUGGAGAGCAUUUUUCAGAUCGGAUAUUUUGAAAUAUGUAUAUUAAAUCUAAAUCACAAAAAUACAUA